UGAUGUGGAAAUAACUCUGUUCAACUUUCCACUCCUUUUAUUUAUCGAUGGCGUGCACUGAGGCCUGCUGUCCCCAUGUCCACAUGUGCCCCCACUCAAAGCCAGCUCGUGGGGCUGGAGCUCCUGACACGGGGUGGUCUGGGGCUCUCUGGUUGGGUUCAAGGCAGGCCACCACGGUGGGCACUGAGGUGUGAGGAGCUGAAGCCGCUGCCCUGGGGCCACCCCACGGCCGGGCCGUGCUGGGCUCUGGCGCAGCUCCCCCGGGGCUCCCGAGGAGCGAGCGCUGAGGGCUGCCCGGAGGUGAAUGAGGUAAGCGAGACCGAGGGCGCCCGCUCGCCCGCCCGCCGGCGGCUCCGUCACCCGACGCCGGGUCCCCCCUCGGCGGCUUUCCGUCAGCCCCCGCGGGGCCGUAUAAAAGGCGGCGCGGAAAGCGAGGAGGAGAGCGCGGUGCUGCCCCGCCUGGCUGGCCCCAUGCAGCCCGCCAUGAUGAUGUUCUCCAGCAAGUACUGGGCGAGGAGGGGCUUCUCGCUGGACUCGGCCCUGCCUGAGGAGCGCCCCGGCGGCCUCACCAUAAACAGAUCAAGCUCUGGGAAAAAUGAGGACAAAAAAGGCAAUAAGGGAAAUGGGAAAGGUGAAUCAGUUUCUGAAGGUGGAAAGACAGCUGUGGUGUUUUCCUUGAAGAAUGAAGUUGGAGGAUUGGUGAAAGCUCUCCGGCUCUUCCAGGAGAAACAUGUGAGUAUGGUUCAUAUUGAAUCACGAAAAUCGAAGAGAAGGAACUCAGAGGUAGAAAUUUUUGUGGACUGUGACUGCAGUAAGAAGGAAUUUAACGAACUAAUCCAGUUGCUCAAGUUUCAAACUAAUAUCGUGUCUCUAAAUCCACCAGAAAACAUCUGGACUGAUGAAGAAGAUCUUGACUGUGUCCCUUGGUUUCCCCGGAAGAUAUCUGAAUUAGACAAAUGCUCACAAAGAGUUUUGAUGUAUGGAUCUGAGCUGGAUGCAGAUCACCCUGGAUUUAAAGACAAUGUCUAUCGACAGAGAAGAAAAUACUUUGUGGAUGUUGCCAUGAGCUAUAAAUAUGGUCAACCCAUUCCCAGAGUGGAGUACACAGCUGAAGAAAUUAAAACAUGGGGAGUGGUGUUCAGGGAACUCAGUAAACUCUAUCCCACUCAUGCUUGUCGUGAAUAUUUAAAAAACUUUCCUCUGCUGACCAAGUACUGUGGGUAUAGAGAGGAUAAUGUGCCUCAGCUGGAAGAUGUUUCUAUUUUUCUUAAAGAAAGGUCUGGCUUCACAGUGAGACCAGUUGCUGGAUAUCUCUCUCCCCGAGAUUUUUUAGCUGGCUUAGCGUACAGAGUUUUUCACUGUACUCAGUAUAUACGACAUGGCUCAGAUCCUCUCUACACUCCAGAACCGGAUACGUGCCAUGAACUCUUGGGACAUGUGCCUCUGCUUGCUGAUCCUAAGUUUGCCCAGUUUUCACAAGAGAUAGGACUCGCUUCAUUGGGAGCAUCUGAUGAAGAUGUUCAGAAAUUAGCCACCUGCUAUUUUUUUACGAUUGAAUUUGGUCUUUGCAAGCAAGAAGGACAGCUACGUGCUUAUGGGGCAGGACUCCUGUCUUCUAUUGGAGAACUAAAGCAUGCUCUUUCUGACAAGGCCAAGGUGAAAACAUUCGAUCCAAAGACAACCUGUUUGCAAGAAUGCCUUAUCACCACUUUUCAGGAAGCUUACUUUGUUUCAGAAAGUUUUGAAGAAGCCAAAGAAAAGAUGAGGGACUUUGCUAAAUCAAUCAAUCGUCCCUUCUCUGUGUAUUUCAAUCCAUAUACUCAAAGCAUUGAGAUUCUGAAGGAUACCAGGAGUAUAGAAAACGUCGUCCAGGACCUCCGCAGUGAUCUAAACACUGUAUGUGAUGCAUUAAGCAAAAUGAACAGAUAUUUAGGGAUUUGAUGUGUGUUGCACUGUGAUUUGCUGUCAGCUGCUUAUUCUGUAGCUGUUCUAGUGACAUCACAUGACAUGGCUAACUUUUAAAACUCAUCAGUUUGCUCUUUUGAGCUUGGCCUGUGGCUUGCAUCAUUGUGUAGCUCUGUCUAACUGUAAAGUGCAGAGAAAACAAAGCAAUGCUAAUUCGUAAAUUCUCCAUGGAGUGUGGCAUCAUAUAACCAGAAAUUCCUCAACACGAUGUCAUGUACAAGUAUACCAGUAAAAGCUUGCCUGGCAAUGAGUUUGUUUCUUUAAGAUUAUUCACUUUGAUGUGUAAGAAAUGUUGUUGCUGAUUUCAGUAAGACUGAGUUUAUUUCUCUGUAAUCCCUUUCCAACUGUAAGAAUCCAGAAAAAAAUAUUUGCAACAUUUUCCAUUUUCCUUGUAAGAGAAUCUGUAUUUCUUUCUAUAGUAGUGAUGACGGUGUUUUGCCCACUUGUUUGUAACAGAACUGAGUGUCUCUUGUGACUGAACAAUACAGUUUACGUAUAUACCAAUGCAGAGAUCAGGAAGGCUAUGUAUCGGUACUAAAAGGUCUGUGAGGAUUAUAAGAAAACACUACUGACAAAUGUUCCAUGUGGCUGAGUAAUUGCAAAACAACAACAACAAUAAUAAUAAAAAUAAAAUCUCUGACAACUCAUGCAGAGAGGUAGUGAUAGUUCCAUACAUGUAUUGUCUGUGACAAUCCUGAGCCUACUUCCACUGCAGGGAUUAUCUGGAAACAGGAGUGGAAGCGCCUUUGUUAAUUCCAGGUUGUUAGCUGUGAAUAUAAAGCCAUUCUACAUCAUUGUGUGCCUCCUGCAUUCCCUCGUCUUUUGAACAUAGUCCUCUUGCAUUUCAUGCAUAAUUUGCCUUUCCUCAUUAUGCCACAUUCAACCUUGACAUGGGCAUGCAUGACUGGGUCUACAUCGUAUCAGUAUCAGUAGAUAUGAAAAGGUGAAUAUGGAAGUUGUUAUUUAAUUAUAGCCAGGACAAUUAUCAGUUAGUAGAUUACUUGUGGGGUGCUUAAAUCAUACAGACACCUAAGCUGCCUAGCUUGUACCAGAUGGAUACAGGUAAUGCCUGAGUUAAUGAACUCUACGUUAGCAAGCUCUGACAGAAGUACAAGCUCUGUCUGGGGAGUACAGUGUGGAAAUAUUUGAGCCGGCUCUUAUCUGGAAGCAAUAAUUAUGCAUGUCUUUCCUUUAUCUGAGUUAUUCUCUUCUCCUAUUAGCCAGAAUAAUGGAGAGUUGACCAUAUUGUAUGGACCCUUCGUAAUGGAAACUGCACGGCUUAUGCAGAUCAUGUCAGUACAGGUGAAAGUUCACAGCUUGUCUACUUAUAUGGAAAACAGAUACCUAUUGAAGCUGCUCUCUCAGCUCAGAGAGUCAUGCAGAUGCUCUUAAGUGUUGCUAGCAAUUUCAGCAUGAAGAGAGCACCACUUGAUAGUAUCAGCACAUCCUUAAAUAAGAGGCAAUCUAUAAGGAUAAUUUUCAUAGGGAAAUCUGCCACCUCCUCAAAGAUAACUACGAGAUAACAGAAAAUGCUCUGUUCUCUGGAUGGUCCCCGCUGCAUUCUAAUGCUGCUGUUAAUAGGGUGUGGAAAAAAUCUAGUUUUAGAUCUAACCGUGACUGCCAGUGGUACAAAUGAAGAGCUGUUGAAUUAUCCCAUGGGGAUCAGCAUGCUGGAGGAGUAUUUUAACUUCCUGACACUAGUGCUGACUCCAUUAACUAGCACUUAUUGUAGAGGAGUCACCAGCAGGCCUGGCAUAGAAGUUUCUUCCUCUUUCUUUGGAUGGAAUCUGAUGAACCUCUUGUAGCCCUUUCUGGCGAAAAUGGACCGAACUCAUAUUUACUUUAAAUGAUCUGGAAAGUCAUUGCACAAGGAAUAGUAGUUCUUAGUUCUGACAAAGUAUUGUUGCUUGCUUAAGUGAAAUAAAGGCACAAUGAGUUAAGAGAUACAGAGCUUGCAAAAUUAUUGAGUUUUUCCUUUGAAGCAAAAUUACACAGGAAAGCUUUAAAUACUUAAAAUAUCUGGGUUUAUUCUUGACUUGUAUGAACAGCCUAAAAUAAGGAUUGCACAGAAGUAAAACAACAGAAGCAUAUCUUUGUUUUGUUUUGUACUGUUAACAAGUAAAUCUUAUUAUGGAUUAGGGAGAAACCCUUGAAAUCCAAUAGCCAUUUUAGGACUAAUGAUGGCACGGAAACUGUCUACAAUGAAGAUAUAAUGUCAAUGAAACAGAACAUUGUCAAAGGAUAAUGGGCUCCUGCUGCUAGAUAUAUGCUUAAUCCAAUGAUUUUAUUUCUAUUAUACAACAUGAUUAAAAAUAAAUUAAAUAUAAUGAGCUGAGGAAUAAUAGUGAUUUAGAGAGACAAUUGCUCAUUGUUCUUACGUAGAAAAGCUGUGUUCUUACAGGCUACGGGGCAAACUUGCUUUGGGCUUCAGCCAGUCAGCAGUCGGGAAUUGGAAAGAAGGUUUUAAAAAGUGCACUAUUGCACUUUUAUGAAUCAAAUAGUUCCAGCUUAGCUGGCAUCCUUCUCUGCAGUUUUUAUUAGCAAAUUAAGAUCAGCCAUGCAGCAAUCUCCUUGGAUGACAAGCUCAUUUAGGCAUAAUGAGGGAAUUAUUGACAGUUAUCAAAUUACACUAACGUUUCAUUUAAAAUGGACCAUAUUUAUCUAAGGUGCUUGUUUAACUUUAGUGAGCUGGACUCUGGAAAUUGGACUUCUUGCUUAGGCUCAUUUAUUUCCUGUGUAAUUCUGAACUAAUGCUUUAUGGGUCCAAGAUAUAUGUUCUUGCUUUGCCUGCAUAGAGUAAAUGGGCCCGAGCUUAAUGAAUGUAAAGCAUUGCAGUGUUUACUACCAUGCAAAGUCUAAAAUGAAAAACUGCACUCUGAGACAUUGCAGCAAAUACAAAUACCAAGUUUCAUUUGCAAGCCAAGACAUGGUUCAUGCGUUUCAUUUCAUUUAUUUGGUGGAGGGAAUGGAGUGGGGAAGGUGUUAACACAAUAUAUUGUGUUUUCUGUUGUGUUUUUCUCUCUGCACUUCAAGAUCUGUUUAGAAGCCUGUUUUAAUUUUAGGCCCUCAAUACACUUUCAUGACAUAGAGUGUCUUCCUUUCUUCUUGUAAUGAUGUCCUAAAGUCAUGGAGAAAACUCCAGAAACAUACCGUACUGAAAUGUGUAUUUACUGUCAUUCUAUAAUGGAUUACAGAAGAUUUCAUGUCUUUGAGAGUACAGCCUGGGUCUGUGAGCCGAAGCUGGUGAAGGCUUUCGUGUACAAGCUACUGGUACAAAUCCAGCCCAGUCAGCAGCUACUGAGAGCUAUCACCACCAGCAGCAGACUGGCCUCUGUGUGAUGAGCUUGGAAGCUGAGAUAGUUUCGUUUUGAGUGGAGGAGAAUGAGGGCAGACAUGAUCACCUUUUUCAAACGUAUAGAAGUAGCUGCAAAAAUAGAUUUUUCUCCAGCCUCAAGAACUAAUGGACUGAAAUUGCAGGACAGGAGCAUUAAGUUCUGUAAUGGUGAGGACAGUGAAACCUGGAGGACAGAUUGCUUAGGAACACAGCAGGACACCUGUCAGUUUUUAAAGAGAACAGUUUAGACAGCUCUCAGGACUGGUAUUGGCACAGCUGGUCCUGCCUUGAGAGCAGGGAACAAGCUGCAUGGCGUCUUGCAGUCCCCUGCAGCAGCUGCCUGGAAGAGGGUUCAGGCUGCUCAUUGAAAGGCUCCACAUGAUUCUCAACAACAGUAAUGGUCAUCAGCCAUCACUGCAGAGCCUCGGCGCAGCACUUGGACCCCU